AUGCCUUCAAUUAUUCACGAAUUUGUCACAAAUUCUGCACUUUCCAACCUCCUGACUCAGAAAGUGCUUCAGAUGAAGCGGCAGAUGGAGGCUAAAGAAAAAGGCCAACAGCUUCCGCUUCAAGCUCCUCUACCGUUGCAACAAGCCCAGCAGAAACAGCCGGGUCCAUCACAGCAAAUACCUUUAAUGAUGCAUCAGCAGCAACAGCCACCUUCGGCACUUAUCAUAUCUUCUCAAUUGAUUCCUUCUAUUGGUGCUAGCAGUAAUCAACAGCAGCAACAACAGGAACAGCAACAGCCAUUGUCUGCAUCUCAGCCCGUUACUCCAACGUCUUCUACUCUAAGCUUUAUCGGCAAUGGAUCACUUAUCUGUUCUGGCCCAUUGGCAGACCAAACAGAUGCCGGGGUUUCCGUAGGUCAUACGCAACCGAUUACUUCAUUCGGUAGUACUGAUACAUCUGGCCAGCAGCGAUCGUCUGCUGUAACUAAAGAGGUUCCUUUGCUAGUAAGUGUUAUCUUAUUAAAAAAUUAUUAUUUGUUUUUAAGCCUACUUGCAGAGAGGCUCAUUUGA